CCAGAACGGAUCGUCCGCCGGUUGCCAGAUACACAACCACUACUAAUCGCAAUCCCCUGUAGUUCCAGCUGAAAAAAUAGAAAAAAACCAAGUGAAAAAAGUGAAAAGACUGUGCAAAAAAAAAAAGAAAUCAUGUCGCUAAUACCUUUUAUACUCGAUUUGGCCGAGGAGCUGCACGACUUCAACCGCAGCAUGUCCAUGGACGUGGACGAGGGCUUCGGAGUGUAUCCAAUGGACGCUUCGCCGGCGGCACACAUGCAGCCGCAUCCACAUAUUAGCCGACGAGGCGGGGCCGUCGGCGGCAUUACGGGUGGGGCCAUGAUGUGGGUGCCCGUCAAGGGCCAGCAGCAGCACCAGCAGCAGCCGACGCAACAGCAGCAUCAGGCGGCGACGCAGCGCCACCAUCCGUACCGGGUGGCCGGUGCCAAGACCAUCUGCUGCAAUCGGUCCCUGCUGGACCUGGAAAAGGAACUCGCGGAGAAGAGCGCUGGGGCUGGAAUGAACGUCGGAACUGGAACUGGAAGCGGUGCUGGAAUGAAUGUUGGAAUCGGCAUGCAGCCGAAGCCGACCAACUCCGCCUACUCCGUGCUGAACCGUAAUGGCUUCCAGGUGAGCAUGAACGUCAAGCAGUUCACCGCUCGUGAGCUGACCGUGAAAACCAUCAAUGACUGCAUCGUGGUGGAGGGCCAGCACGACGAGAAGGAGGAUGGACACGGCGUGAUCUCGCGCCACUUCAUCCGCAAGUACAUGCUGCCACGGGGCUACGAUCCCGCCGAGGUCCACUCCACGCUGUCCACGGAUGGCAUACUAACGGUAAAGGCGCCUCCGCCACCGCCACCCGUCCCCAGGCCGGGCGUGGAACGGCUAGAGCGCAUGGUCGACAUCCAGCAGAUUUCCCAUCAGCAGCAGUCGAGGGAUGCGCAGCAGCAGCAAGUGCAGGCAGCAGGGGCAGCUAGUGCUCCAGCUCCCACACCCACUCCCUCGCUCUCGGUCUCUCUCGCCGAGAGCAACGGCAACGGUCCGGAGGAGACAGAGACGGAGACAGAGUCGGCGGAGGCAACUGCAGCUCCCUCUCCCUCGCUCUCUUCUGAGGCUGCUGCUACCGUCGCUGCAGUGGAAAGCACUUCCAAUUCCAGUACUGAUUCCACUGUCAACAAUGGCGUUGACGAACCGGAGGCCAUGGAAGUGGCCGGCAAGAAGGAGGAGGAAGAGGCCGUCAAAGAGGAGGAACCGAUACCGGCACCCACUCCUACCCCCGCUCCCGUGGUGAGCAGCAGCGGCGGGGGCGGCGAAGAGCCAACCAAGGCCGAGGACGCUAAUGCCAACGAUGUGGCCGUGGCCUCAAAUAACGGCAAUGGAGCAGCACCCGUUGCAGAUACCGCCGAAGACGUAGAGAUGCCGCCGGAAGCACCAGUUGACGAGGAGAAGACGGACAAGGAGGAGAAGACCACCGCUAAGGUAGCCCUGGUCGGUGGCGAGGAACUGGCCGCCGUGGAUGCUGCCAUCUUGCAGGCGAAGAACCAGGGCGAGAACGGAGCCACUGCAGCCAAAGCCGAGGAAUUGGCCAAGUGAAGACUGAAAUAAAUAAAAAAGAAAACGAAAAUAAUGAUAUAAGAAAAUAAUAACCUGCACGAGUAUGCGUGCGUUUUACUCCGUAAAUGUUUCAUGUUUUUUAUUUUCACACACACACGAAGCAGACUAGAAAUAACGGUAAAGAGGAACUCAAUUAGUAAUUGAUCUUGAGAAGACGAAAAAGUAUGAUUUCCUAAAAACAUAUGUGACAACAACUACAAGUAUUCCAGUAAAAUCUAAAAUCUAAUGACAGAAACAGAAAAUACAUGUACUUAACA